AUGUUCUUGGAGAAUGAUCUUUCAAACGAGGCAGAGCCACAACGGCAGCGUGUGGUUGCAUCAGCUCCAGCAGAGCAAAACUCUGAGUACAAUGAUCUUUAUGUGUGGCCUUGGACAGGGAUUUUUGUCAAUAUAGUAAAUGAGCCAAAGAAUUGGGAAGCUGUGGGUAGCGAAGGAUACUGGUUGGCUAAGUUUUCGAAAUAUAAGCCUUCAGGAAUUGAGAUUUUCUUGGAUGAUCAGGGGCUAGUUGCACAAGCUGUAGUCAAAUUUGAUAAUGAUUGGACUGGUUUCAAGAACGCUAUGGAAUUUGAAAAGUUUUUUGAAACUGAGCACCACAGUAAGAAGGAGUGGAAUGUUGAGGAAAGUCAUCAUAAUUCAAACAUCUAUGGCUGGAUUGCUCGUGAGGAUGACUAUAAUUCAGAAGGGCCAGUGGGAGAUUAUCUUCGUAGAAAAGGAGUUUUGAAAACAAUCCCCAACCUUGUCCAGGAAGCAACACAGCACAAAAACUAUAUUGUGGCCAACCGAGCAAAUGAAAUUGACAUGAAAACCGAAAAUUUGGAUGAGUUACAGAUUAAGUACAAUGAGAAAACUUUGUCUCUUAGUAGGAUGCUUCGAGCGAAAGACAUACUACACAGUGCUUUCUGCGAAGGUUCCCUCUCCCCCUUUUCCUCUCCCUCUUGUUCUGUGUGUGCCUAUGCAACUAUGUACGAAAAAAUGUCUGCUACCAAAUGUUCCUAA